ACGCGAGAAAGUGCAUGAGCGAUCGUUUUCGUUUGUCUUUGUAAAGGUACGCUCGAUCUAGGUUAUCAGGAAAUUAUGUGGCUAACAAGUUUCCUCUGUGUGUACAAUUAUUAAGUAGUUUUGUCAUUAUACAUCAUUGGAACGAUUACUUAAAUUCGAGAUCCCUCGUUCCACCAGGCCUUGUGUAGUAAACGUUUAGUACAGGAAAAUGAAUACGAAGUUUAUGAAAAUUAGAUAGUAUUUUGAGGGAGAGUUUCAAUGUACAAAGUUGAAGACAAAAGCGGAGAAAAACAAACAUUUAUAUAGUUUACCUAUAUGUAUAGACUAUAACUCGGAGGUUAUAGUAUUGGAGUUGGAGUAAUAACUCAUAGGGAAGUAUUUAAUUAAAAUACUUAUACCGGUAACCGCACGCCGUUAGGUGAUUGCUCCGCUAAAAUUAUCCGCCAUUGCUUACCGUACGGUACUGUGGGGGUUCUUGCUUCACGAAGUUAUUUCUAGGCUAAAAAAAAUUCUCGUGAAUUGUUGCUUAGGGUUUGCUAUCAAUUGAGUCUGUUUUCGGUAUUAUUAUUGGAAAUUACGAACGUUCUUCCACUUGCCAUACUAUGGAAAUGUCGCCCGCAGUAAUAGUAAGCGGGAGAAAAGUAGCUUUACUUCUAAAGUUAUACAGAUUUUUUGCAGGUAUUUCUCAAAAACAACUUGCAAGUGUCAUGUGUGAAAUGUUUGGCGAAAAUAUCAAAGUAUCAACAAUAAGUAAAUUUGAACUUGGAACUGAGGCAUGCAUGCAAGAUGUCAAAGAUUUUUCAUUGAAAGCAAUGGUAUGGCUGGAAAUUAUGGGAAUAGAUUGUCAUUAUCGCCUCGUUUCAGUCAAUGACUGUGAUAGCAUAGAUGGGAUGAGAAAAAAAAGAAAGGUUGCAGAAUUGCCUCCGCUCGAGAAAAGAGCUUUGGAAACACUUCGCAAAAUGUGCUCGGGAUUCACAUUGGAGCAUCUUCAACUAUUGGAAAUAAUAUUUGGUGUUACACCAGAGGAUCUACAUAAAUGGUCUAUUCAACUACGACGCAGACAGAAAAACUUCAAUUCCAUCAGAAAAAGAAAAAGGCCUCAGAAUCAGGUUUCUGAAAAGCAGUGCCGGAAAGAUUUCCUUUCAAUCACUGCGAAAAAUCAUACGGAAAUUCCUGACAAACAUGUUGACAGCUUAAUUGUUUCAGAAGAUUCUGGAAUUGAAUCUGAAACGCCUGCUUCCCCAAUCAAAUACACUAAUGGGAAAACCUAUGCACCCCUGCACCCAGUGACAUCAGCAAAACGGAGAAUAAUUUACGAAGAAGCAAUUGAAAACCACCGUAUUUCGUAUGAAAUGCCCCAAACCGAUACGGAUGAGGAUCAGUUUUCCUGUGCACUGCUUUAGGGAAGACAUGAGAUAUUCUGUUCACAAUAUAGGCCUAUCUAUAUAAACUAUAAUGAGGCACAAAUUUUCUUACUUUUCACAAAAAUAAUAACACCGACACUUGCUUGAAAUUCGGUUAAUUUUUUACAGUUUUCUUUCAUUUUGGUAACAAGCACAGCCACUCCACUUGCAAAAUUUUAUUUUUCUAAGAAUAUUCCGUUAACAUAAAGUAAUUGCGUUUAAAAUUUUCAUGUCCAUAAUUAUUUAAAAUUUCCAAUAAUUUGGACAAGGCAUUGGUUUCGUUUAUUUCCACGUAGUGAAUUCAAGCCUCAAAUUCAAAAAAAAACUUCGCACAAGUAUCCGUUCAAAGAUACGAUAUACUGGAGCUUAAAAUAAAAAUGUUUUUAUUUAUUCAAUGCCAAAUGAUACACACCGUCGAAGGCUUCGGCAUGUCUCUCUAUCAAUACAUUGUUAAUAAUUACGCAGCCACUCCAAUAUAUGAAACGAUAAUGAAAUACUGUUUUCAAAAUAGCACAUGUGCAUCCUUUACAGACAAUCCCACGCUACCGAUUUAAUUGUCGCUGGAAAUUCAUUAUCGAUCUUGUAAAAUUGAUUUUGUUUUCUUUCGGUUGCUGCUGCAUGAGUACGUACGCGAUAAGUACAAAUUGCAAUGUUUGUAUUAUUUAAUUUAUCAGCAAGUCGCUUUUCUAUUUAUUUCGCAUUUCUUUUUCGGGAAUGCUAUAUUCACUCUUCGAAUAAAGGAAUUUUCUUUUAA